AUGGCCUCAUGCAAUUGUGCUCUUCAGAAUAUAUGUGCUGAAGUUUGUAAUGCAAUCUCACAACUUCUUUUGAGUGGUGAACUCCGAGCACUCCAACCAACUUUUCAGAUAUAUGGCAAACGCCCGAUGUUCUCUGGACCAAUGGUGACCCUCAAGGUGUUUGAAGACAACAUUUUGGUUCAUGAGUUUCUUGAGGAGAAAGGAAAUGGUAGAGUUCUUAUUGUAGAUGGUGCUGGGAGUUUGAGGUGUGCCAUUUUGGGAGGCAAUCCUAUAGUACAAGCUCAAAAUAAUGGAUGGGCAGGUAUAGUGGUUAAUGGUUGUAUAAUGGAUGUUGAUGAAAUCAAUGGUUGUGAUAUUGGUGUUAUUGGUGUUAGAGCUCUGGCUUCUCAUCCCAUGAAAGUCAAUAAGAAAGGAAUUGGGGAGAAACAUGUCCCGAUAACCAUUGUCAGGACCAAAAUCUAUGAUGGGGAAUGGCUUUAUGCAGACACUGAUGGCAUCCUGAUUUCUCGCAUGGAACUAUCUAUCUGA